AUGGAUGGAGAAACCGGAGAUGGCAACUCUCAUGGUGAGUCGAGGAGGCAGUUGCUUGUGCGAUCCGGCGGACAAGAGCUUGUGUCGGCGUUAGGUUUACGAAUUACGAUUAGGCGCCUAGGUGCAUUAGCCACAUUCUCUGCUCACGCCUGUGAAGGUUCACGCUCAUCCGGAAUCACUCAGAAACUAGAUGAACGCCUUCACCCGGGCACUACAGUCCAUCGCGGCACCCGGUUCAUCCUUCCAUCUAUUGGCCUUACUGGCGCACCAUGCCAAUGUCUGGUUGGAUCCCAUAUCGUCAUAUGGUACCAUACUCGGCCAAGGCAGCUGACCAGGUUAUCCUCCGAGUCUUCCUCCCUUCAUGCACAGCCUCCACGCUGCCAAUCCGGUUGGGCUCUGACGUGCGAGAAUGCGCUUGACUACACCUUCCUAGACAACAUGUGGUUAGACACGCCACAUGUUCUCAGUACUUAG